AUGGAAGGGUUUGUGUCUGCAAAGGGGGAAGAACUGUAUGUGGAAGAAGUGAGGCACAUCAGGAACUUUGACGACUGGCUUGGGCAAGUGAAAAUAACGCUUCGCAACUGCUUUGUUUCCAGAGCUGGAAGGCUGGCGGCCCACUCAUUUGUCUACAAAUGCCGCUGCCACCUGACACCCAGAGAAGUGGAACAGCUGCCUCCCAUGCGGCGUGGGAUGGAAGAGCAUGACCACGAUGUGUUUGCUCUCACCAAAGGACGCAUGCACAUAACUUCUUUCCAUCCUCCUGCCCUGGCACUCCCGCGAAGGCUGGCAGAAGGGACUGACACCAAGGAGGUCAUCCAGAGGUUCCAGCUUUGCGUGAACGUCUUGGGUGUCUUCAAGAGGGCCGCAUUGCUGGGCAAGAUGAUGAGUUGGGCGGACAAUGCCAGGGCCAAGGCAGUUGUGGAGAAGGUGAAGAAGAACAUCUCAACAGCUGUGGGGGGCUCCUUGGACCCAGAGGCUUUUGAUUGCAUCCAUGUGAUUGAUCUUAUCCAGAAGAAGUUCCCGGAGCCGCAGCACCUGAAGCACUGCUUGGAAGGGCUGUAUGACAGAGCCAAGCUGAUUGACCCUGCCUGGACCCACCCUGGCACUCUGGAUGCUGUUCCUAUGCCGCCAGGGCCACAGCAGGGCGCCAUUGAGGGAUGGUUGUUGAUCUGGCAGUUUGCGCAUGAAGAUUCAAGCUCGCUGAAGGGGCGGUCCAACAUGGUGAACAUCUUGGAGAUAGCAUUCAGCAUCCUGGAGAAUACUUUCAACAGUGUCCAGAACCCUUUGGAUGUGCUGUUUCCUGCUCCAGGUCCCUGGCCAUCAAGAUGA